CUCAACAGCUUGUUAUUUGGUGGAUUGUGGCAGUAAAUCGGGGCGAGUGGGGGAACCCGGCGCAGGAACUGCCGCUGCGGCCGGGAGCGGUGCUGCCCGGACGGGGACCCACGGCGAUCAGUGGGGUGGCAGACUGGAGAGCUGACAGCGCUCUGCACCCGCAGUAGCGCCCGGGAAGAGAACUCGAGGAAGCUGGAACCCCACAGGUCACCAGUCAAGAUGAAGGCGGCAGAUGAGCCUGCCUACCUGACAGUGGGAACUGAUGUCAGUGCCAAGUACCGAGGGGCCUUCUGUGAGGCAAAGAUCAAGACUGUGAAAAGGCUGGUGAAAGUCAAGGUACUUCUGAAGCAGGAUAACACAACACAGUUGGUGCAAGAUGACCAAGUAAAGGGCCCUUUAAGAGUUGGAGCUAUUGUAGAAACAAGGACAUCUGAUGGAUCUAUCCAGGAAGCCAUUAUCAGCAAAUUGACAGACGCUAGUUGGUAUACUGUGGUGUUUGAUGACGGUGAUGAGAGAACUCUGAGGCGGACCUCACUUUGCCUGAAAGGGGAGAGACAUUUUGCUGAGAGUGAGACCCUGGAUCAGCUUCCUCUAACAAACCCAGAGCAUUUCGGGACGCCAGUCAUUGCAAAGAAGACCAACAGAGGGAGGCGGUCCUCGCUGCCUAUCACUGAAGACGAAAAGGAAGAAGAAAGCAGCGAAGAGGAAGAUGAAGAUAAGAGGCGUCUCAAUGAUGAAUUAUUAGGAAAAGUUGUAAGUGUGGCCUCCACAGCAGAGAGCACUGGAUGGUACCCUGCUUUGGUUGUCUCUCCCAGCUGCAAUGAUGACGUCACAGUGAAAAAAGAUCAGUGUUUAGUUCGAUCAUUUAUUGAUUCUAAAUUUUACUCUAUAGCAAGAAAGGACAUUAAGGAACUAGACAUUCUCACUCUACCAGAAUCUGAGCUCUGUGCUAAGCCAGGGCUGCGAAGAGCAAGUGUCUUCCUAAAAGGUAGAAUUGUUCCUGAUAAUUGGAAAAUGGAUAUAAGUGAAAUCCUUGAGUCCUCCAGUAGUGAUGACGAAGAGUGCCCAGCUGAGGAACGUGAAGAGGAGAAGGAGAAAGAGGCCAAAAAGGAGGAAGAAGAGCUGCCUGAGGAAGAGCUUGAUCCUGAGGAGAGGGACAACUUCCUCCAACAGCUUUAUAAGUUUAUGGAAGACAGAGGUACUCCGAUCAACAAACCACCUGUUUUGGGCUAUAAAGAUCUCAAUCUCUUCAAACUCUUUAGACUGGUCUAUCAUCAGGGGGGAUGUGGCAAUAUUGACAGUGGGGCUGUAUGGAAGCAAAUUUAUAUGGACCUUGGCAUUCCAAUUUUGAAUUCAGCUGCUUCCUACAAUGUAAAAACUGCUUAUAGAAAGUAUCUCUAUGGUUUUGAGGAGUACUGCCGUUCUGCAAAUAUUCAGUUCAGAACUAUUCACCACCAUGAACCAAAAGUAAAAGAGGAAAAAAAAGACUUUGAAGACUCAAUGGACGAAGCUCUAAAAGCGGCCCCGGAAAUGCCUUUGCCGGACGUGAAGAGUGAGCCCGAGGAGAAUACGGACUCAAACAGUGAAAGCGACAGAGAAGACACAGAACUAAAGUCGCCAAGAGGGAGAAGGAAAAUUGUUCGAGAUGCAAAUUGUAUCAAGAAGGAAAUAGAGGAAGAGAAAAUCGAAGACAAAUUCCUCCGAGAUGAUUUAGAAAAUAAGGACGCAGGUGAUGACGAUGACGAUGGUGACCCAGCAGCGAAGAGAGAGCAUGAGCUGCUGUUUGGGAGGAAGAGCACACCAAAGAACAAAGAGAAGAAGAUUAAAAAGCCAGAUGACUCUGAGAGAGACUCAGAUGAAGAGGAAGAGAAGAGCCAAGAGAGGGAAGAGACUGAAAGCCGGUGUGACUCGGAAGGGGAGGACGAGGAGGACGACACGGAGCCCUGCCUGACGGGAACCAAAGUGAAGGUCAAGUACGGACGAGGAAAAACUCAGAAAAUUUAUGAAGCCAGCAUCAAAAGCACCGAGAUGGACGACGGGGAGAUUCUGUACCUAGUGCAUUACUACGGAUGGAACGUCAGAUAUGAUGAAUGGGUAAAAGCUGACAGGAUAAUCUGGCCCUUGGAGAAAGGUGGACCAAAGAAAAAACAAAAGAAGAAAGUUAAGUGUCAACCCUGCCUGCUGGCCCACUGUACACUUGGCCACGCCUUCUGUCCGGUUCCUGCUGUAGAGAAUAAAGAAGAUAGUGAAAAGGACGAAAAGAGGGAUGAAGAGAGGCAGAAGUCCAAACGGGGAAGACCGCCUUUAAAAUCUACUUUUUCGCCAAACAUGCCAUACAGUUUAUCUAAGACGUCAAACAGUGAAGGAAAAUCAGACUCCUGUUCAUCUGACAGUGAGGUCGACGACCAGCUGGAGAAGAGCUCAGGGGCUGAGGAUCUUUCUCCUGAUGUCAAAGAAGAAUUGGAAAAAAAUGAAAAUGGACAUGAUGAUAAACUAGAUGAAGAAAACCCAAAGAUUGUACAUAUAUCAAAAGAAAACGACAGGACUCAGGCACAGCCCUCAGACACCCUGACGGUGGAGUCGGGGGACAGCGAUCAAAUCGUGCAUAUUUUUGGAGACAAAGUGGACCAAGUAGAAGAACUUAAGAAACAGGUGGAAAAGUCUCCCAAAGGGAAGGGAAGGCGCAGCAAGACAAAAGACCUUUCAUUAGAACUUAUAAAGAUUUCACCUUUCGGCCAGGAGGAAGCAGGCAGCGAAGCUCACGGGGACGUUCAUAGCCUGGAGUUUUCUUCCCUAGAGUGUAAAAACUUUUCUUCUACUGAAGAUGACAUCGACCCAUCUGAGAAAGAAAAAAAGUUGAAACGGAAAAUCCUGGGACAGCAAUCCCCAGAAAAAAAAUUGAGACUUGAGAAUGGCAUGGAAAUGACAACUGGAGUGUCCCAAGAGAGGUCUGAAGAUGGCGCAGGAGCCGAGGGCGUGAAAGGCGCACAUGUGGAACAGCACUUUGAAACAGAAGGUGAAGGGAUGCCAUCGUUGACAGCCGAGCCCGACCAGGGCCUUCAAGAACUAACUAGUGAGAAAUCGGACAGUCCAGCCGAAGAACCAGUGCACACGCCACUCAAAGAAGAGGAGGAUGCGAUGCCUCUGAUCGGGCCUGAAACCUUGGUUUGCCAUGAGGUAGACCUGGAUGAUUUGGAUGAGAAGGAUAAGACCAGUAUUGAGGAUGUGGUAGUGGAAGGUUCUGAGUCUAACUCUCUGGCUUCCGUUCCGCCUGCCUUACCUCCUGUAGCACAGCAUAACUUUUCCGUAGCUUCCCCACUCACUCUCAGCCAGGACGAGUCCCGAAGUAUAAAGAGUGAGAGUGACAUUACAAUUGAAGUUGAUAGCAUCGCCGAAGAAUCACAAGAAGGCCUCUGUGAGAGGGAAUCGGCGAACGGGUUUGAAGCCAGUGUUGCCCCUGGUGCCUGUAGUAUAAUUGCACACGAGCGAGAGAGCAGAGAGAAGGGUCAGAAAAGGCCAAGCGAUGGAAAUAGUGGAUUAAUUGCAAAAAAGCAAAAGCGAACCCCAAAGCGGACAAGUGCUGCAGCCAAAACUGAAAAAAACGGAGCAGGACAGAGCAGCGACAGCGAGGACCUCCCCGCCAUGGACAGCUCCAGUAACUGCACCCCAGUGAAGCGCCUUAGCCUGCCCAAGCCACAGAAGCUGCCACGGUCUCCCGCAAGAACCUCGCCUCACAUCAAAGAUGCAGAGAAGGAGAAGCACCGAGAGAAGCAUCCGAACUCCUCCCCCAGGACAUACAAGUGGAGCUUCCAGCUCAAUGAAUUAGAUAAUAUGAACAGUACAGAGAGAAUCUCUUUUCUCCAAGAAAAACUACAGGAAAUCAGAAAAUACUACAUGUCUUUGAAGUCUGAAGUUGCAACCAUCGACAGAAGGAGGAAAAGAUUGAAAAAGAAAGACAGAGAAGUGUCUCACGCAGGAGCAUCGAUGUCCUCUGCUUCAUCAGACACUGGAAUGAGCCCCUCUUCAUCGUCUCCCCCCCAAAAUGUACUUGCUGUAGAGUGCAGGUGAUGAACAGUUCUCCACCCCCCAGCAGUUUGCUGCCAUGGACUUAAAUCCCCAAACCCCGAAAUACAACCACAGAAAGCACUCAGCCGGCUAAGUCUAUCCUUCCUGUAUAGUUUCCAGGAUUGUAUCUAGACCCUCCUCUCUCCUUUUUUUAUUGUUGCAGACAAUAAGCUUAUUAAUAAUUGAAGGUUAGGCGGCCUGCCAUAUUGGUCAUAAUUUUUCCUCUGUAUUUUCUUUCUUUCUUUCUCUCUUUCUUUCUUUCUUUUAUUUUAUUUUAUUUUUUUUUGUGUGUGUGUGUGUGAUAGAGAAAAAAAAGGGCACUUAGCAAAAUGGAAUUUGUAUACUAAAGCUUUCGAGUGUUCUAGAAAUCAUAGACAAGCAAGCGCACACAACAGACAGGAGAGCAUUAGCUGGUUAGCAGUUACUGCUGCACUUUCACUGAGAUGCAUUGAACACUUGGUGAGUAGGGGGUUGAUUUUGUGUUAUUCUUGUAUUAUUAUAAUUAUUAUAAUAAUUAUUAUUAAUGUUGAUUUUUUUAUUAAUUUCAAUUUUGUGGAAGCACUUGCUAUGUAGAACUGCCAAAGUAUAUGUGCAGCAGUGUGCCCAGGUUUAAACGUGUAAAUGGGACAAAAUAAAUUGUGAAAGGAAGUGUAGUUGACUGAAAACUGCAGUUGUAAUAAGUCUUCCACUUUUUAUAGGACUUUUGAGCACACAAUUAUGCAAAUAUUUUAAUGUUUAUUAAUGUUUACAGUGGAAUUGUGAAUAAGUUUUCAGUGGACUAUCUUAUCCCUUGACAAAAAUAUUUUGUCUUUUUUCUAUGUAAUUUCAGAGUUUUUAUUUUGUUACAAAAAUACAAAAAUGAAAUAUAUAACAACAAUGAAGUUAUUUAACAAGAUUUCUAAAGCUGAAAAUUUUGUGUAAAAUAAGGUAUUAUCUUGCAACUUGUUAAAUAUAUUUAUUCAGACAUUGGAUGGUUGUAUUUUUAUGUAUUUUUUAAAAUAUUAAUAAAAUUGAAAAAAGACAGUUCUAGGUUAAUUCACUCUUUGGGUGGCAGUGGUGGUCAGCUGCCCCGUGCUGCAGGGGUUGCGUCUGCAGCCGCAGGUGCUGCAGGGCAUCUGUCUCAACCUUCCCAACCGAGCAGCUGAGAGUGGGCAUCUGGGUCACUCAAGUCUGUCCUUGUUUAGAAACUUUGGCAGUCCUCGUAUUUAAACCACUUUGAGGAUCACAUUUUUGGUUGCCCUUAAGAUGCUUUGUCACAGUUUUUGUGUUCGCUGUACUGCCGAAUAAAUUUUAUAUCUCCCAAAGUCAAGAUGCAACAGUCACGUAAAGCCACUAUGUAUUCUUUGUCUGUGAAUUGUUACACAGACUGAUACAUUUGUAAAUAAUUCUUCCAAAAUCAUGUAUUUAAAGCAGUUUUGCAUAUACAUUAUGUAAAAAAAGGUGAUUUUUUUAAAAGCAUUUUUAAACUCAUGUUUGUACAUUAAAGGGGUUGUUUUGAAGCCUCCUUUUCUGUGUUUAUAUGCUAUAGUGUGGUAGCCCGGGGGGGUUUGACCCUGAGGGUGGACAGAGGCACAGCACAUUGCUACUGCAGAGCAUUACCGAAAUUAUGUUUCUCAACGUCAUCUUGCCAUAUUGUGAACCUGUGAUUCAGACUUCUUCCAUUUUCUCAGAGAAUUAAAACAAAAAGUACUCUUGUAA